AUGGUCCAACUUUGCAGAGUCCGACAUUUGCAUGCCCCAAAGGUCAACGCCAAGGAAGACCAAAAGAAAAUUCCAAGCACGAUCUCGUCAGAAAAAAGGACAAUACCAACAACUAGUAGCGAAAGAGCUGGAGGCGUGACUGAUGAAGACCAGCUGAAUAACGGGGAUGAUGGAGAAUCGGGUGUUGGUGGUGAAGCUAAGCCAAAUGUUGACCAGGAAGCAGAGCCGGAUGUUUUUGACAAAGCAGAGCCGAAUUUUGGGGACGAAGCAGAGCCGGAUGUUUGUGACAAAGCACAGCCGAAUGUUGGGGACGAAGCAGAGCCGGAUGUUAGUGACAAAGCAGAGCCGAAUGUUGGGGACGAAGCAGAGCCGGAUGUUUGUGACAAAGCACAGCCGAAUGUUGGGGACGAAGCAGAGCCGGAUGUUUGUGACAAAGCACAGCCGAAUGUUGGGGACGAAGCAGAGCCGGAUGUUUGUGACAAAGCACAGCCGAAUGUUGGGGACGAAGCAGAGCAUGAUGUCUGUGACGAAGCAGUGCCGAAUGUUGGGGACGAAGCAGAGCCGGAUGUCUGUGACGAAGCAGAGCCGAAUGUUGGGGACGAAGCAGAGCCGGAUGUCUGUGACGAAGCAGAGCCGAAUGUUGGGGACGAAGCAGAGCUGGAUGUCUGUGACGAAGCAGAGCCAAAUGUUGGGGACGAAGCAGAGCCGAAUGUCUGUGACAAAGCAGAGCCGAAUGUUGGGGACGAAGAAGAGCCGAAUGUUGGGGGCGAAUGUUGGGGACGAAGCAGAGCCGCAUGUUGGGGACGAAACAGAGCCGAAUGUUGGGGACGAAGCAGAGCCGAAUAUGGGGGACAAAACAGAGCCGAGUGUUCGGGAUGA